UACUAGACGUCAGUCUUCUUCUUUCUAAUGUACGACAUUUGACGUGUCAGGGCAAAAUCAAAAGUAAUUCCAAUUGCAAUUCCAAUUUGCAUGUAUUUGUCUUGCAAAUAUCGCAAGACAAUUGAAACGCACGCAGCUGCACAACGGUGAACACAGAAAGUAGAUCGUCAAAAUGGUUUUAGCAGAUCUGGGACGCAAAAUAACAACGGCGCUGCACUCGCUGAGCAAGGCAACAGUGAUAAAUGAGGAAGCCCUGGGUGCCAUGCUCAAAGAGAUAUGCGCCGCAUUACUUGAGGCUGAUGUAAACAUAAGACAGGUGAAGCAGCUGCGCGAGAAUGUACGAGCUGUGAUUGACUUCGAUGAGAUGGCAGGUGGAUUAAACAAACGUCGCAUGAUCCAAUCCGCCGUGUUCAAGGAGCUCAUCAAGCUGGUUGAUCCAGGUGUGAAACCCUAUCAGCCAGUUAAGGGAAAGGCGAAUGUUAUCAUGUUUGUCGGCCUGCAGGGUUCUGGCAAGACAACAACGUGCACAAAGCUAGCCUAUCACUACCAAAAACGCAACUGGAAAUCGUGCCUGGUCUGUGCGGAUACCUUCCGUGCUGGUGCCUACGAUCAAAUCAAGCAGAACGCAACGAAAGCACGCAUUCCCUUCUACGGUAGCUACACUGAAAUCGAUCCCGUGGUCAUAGCCCAAGAGGGUGUCGAUAUGUUCAAACGUGAAGGAUUUGAAAUGAUCAUCGUCGAUACUUCGGGACGUCACAAACAGGAGGAGUCUCUGUUCGAGGAGAUGUUGGCUGUAUCAAAUGCUGUCAGUCCCGACAAUAUAAUCUUCGUCAUGGAUGCCACGAUUGGACAGGCUUGUGAGGUUCAGGCCAAGGCCUUCAAAGAGAAAGUCGACAUUGGAUCCGUGAUCAUUACCAAGUUGGAUGGCCAUGCUAAGGGAGGUGGUGCUUUAUCGGCUGUGGCUGCCACACAAUCGCCCAUCAUCUUCAUUGGCACCGGCGAGCAUAUCGAUGAUUUGGAACCAUUCAAAACGAAGCCUUUUGUCAGCAAAUUGCUGGGCAUGGGUGACAUUGAAGGACUGAUAGACAAGGUGAACGAACUGAAACUGGAUGGCAACGAGGAGCUGCUGGAAAAGAUCAAGCAUGGCCAUUUCACAAUACGCGACAUGUACGAGCAGUUCCAAAACAUCAUGAAAAUGGGACCAUUCUCACAAAUCAUGAACAUGAUUCCCGGCUUCUCGCAGGACUUCAUGACCAAGGGUGGCGAGCAGGAAUCGAUGGCGCGCAUCAAACGCAUGAUGACCAUGAUGGACAGUAUGUCUGACAGUGAAUUAGAUAACCGAGAUGGCGCCAAGCUGUUCAGCAAGCAGCCCACCCGUUGUAUUCGUGUCGCACAAGGUUCCGGCGUCAUUGAGCGUGAGGUGAAGGAGUUGAUUGCACAUUAUACGAAGUUUGCGGCAGUGGUUAAGAAAAUGGGCGGCGUCAAAGGAUUAUUCAAGCAAGGAGACAUGACGAAAAAUGUGAAUCCCACACAGAUGGCGAAACUGAAUCAGCAGAUGGCCAAAAUGAUUGAUCCCCGCAUGCUGCAGCAAAUGGGCGGAGUUGGUGGCCUACAGAAUAUGAUGAGACAACUGCAACAGGGCGCAGCCGGUGGCCUGGGCGGUCUCGGGAAUCUAAUGGGAGGUUUUGGUGGCAAAUGAGACGUCGGUAUAUGUAAACAUUUUUAUAUGAUUUUGUUUUUAAAUAGUUCGGUUAUUAGCCUUAAUUUGUUAACAUGUAGUGCGACAAGUGCAACAAUUAUCCUUGCUUUUAAGGUGACUUUCUCUUGUUUAACUAAA